CGUCAUUUCACCAUCAUCACCUCCUCCAUUUUAAGCCCCUCCAAUUUUUCCGUCUCCAUUUCCUCCUCACCCUGUUUUCUCCCUCUCCCCUACUCUGUUUCUUCUCCUCCUCCUCCUCUCUCUGAAUCUCACCAAGAAGAAGAGAAAAUGGAUCCAGUCACAGUAUGGGGAAACACUCCACUGAACCAGGUGGACCCAGAGAUCCACGACCUCAUCGAGAAGGAGAAGCGCCGCCAGUGCCGCGGGAUCGAGCUCAUCGCCUCCGAGAACUUCACCUCCUUCGCCGUCAUCGAGGCCCUCGGCAGCGCCCUCACCAACAAGUACUCCGAAGGGAUCCCCGGCAACCGAUACUACGGCGGCAACGAGUACAUCGACCAGAUCGAGAACCUCUGCCGAUCCCGCGCAUUGGAGGCCUUCCACUGCGAUCCGGCAAAGUGGGGUGUCAAUGUGCAGCCGUACUCCGGCUCCCCUGCCAAUUUCGCCGCAUACACCGCCGUCCUCGAGCCCCAUGACCGGAUUAUGGGUCUCGAUUUGCCCUCCGGUGGGCAUCUCACUCAUGGGUAUUACACCUCCGGCGGUAAGAAGAUCUCCGCUACUUCAAUUUACUUUGAGAGCUUGCCCUACAAGGUGAAUUCCGAGACUGGGUACAUCGAUUACGAUAAGCUGGAGGAGAAGGCUCUGGAUUUCAGGCCCAAAUUGAUUAUCUGUGGUGGCAGUGCCUACCCUAGGGAUUGGGAGUAUAAGAGGUUCAGGGAGGUUGCUGAUAAGUGUGGCGCUCUUUUGCUCUGCGAUAUGGCUCACAUUAGUGGCCUUGUUGCUGCUCAGGAAGCUAACAACCCAUUCGAGUACUGUGACAUUGUGACGACCACUACCCACAAGAGUUUGAGGGGUCCUAGAGCUGGUAUGAUCUUCUACCGCAAGGGACCUAAGCCAGCAAAGAAGGGUCAGCCAGAAGGCGCGACCUACGAUUUCGAGGACAAGAUCAACUUCUCAGUGUUCCCUUCUCUUCAGGGAGGUCCUCACAAUCACCAGAUCGGUGCUCUUGCUGUUGCAUUGAAGCAGGCCAACACCCCUGCAUUCAAGGCCUAUGCUAAACAAGUGAAGGCCAAUGCAGUUGCUGUUGGUAACUAUUUGAUGAAGAAAGGGUACAAGAUGGUAACUGGCGGAACUGAGAACCACCUUGUUUUGUGGGAUCUCAGACCUCUUGGCUUGACUGGCAACAAGGUGGAGAAGCUCUGUGAUCUCUGCAACAUCACUGUGAACAAGAACGCCGUGUUUGGUGACAGUAGUGCUUUGGCCCCAGGAGGGGUGAGAAUUGGUGCACCGGCCAUGACUUCAAGAGGGUUGCUAGAGAAGGACUUUGAGCAGAUUGGAGAGUUCCUCCAUCGUGCGGUGACCUUGACGCUGAGCAUCCAGAAGGAAUAUGGAAAGCUGUUGAAGGACUUCAACAAGGGGUUGGUGGACAACAAGGAGAUUGAGGCCUUGAAAGCUGAUGUGGAGAAAUUUGCAGGUUCCUUUGACAUGCCUGGGUUCCUCAUGUCUGAGAUGAAGUACAAGGAGUAAUUAGGGUUUGAUGAUACUGCAUCCGAUUUGUGUUAAUGAAGUAGCAGCAUGAAAUUUACCCGAUUUAUGAUCAUCCCCCCACCAAAGAAAGGAAAAGAAGGGGUUUUUUUUUUUCUUUUCUGGCUUUGUUGUAGUUAGGCUGUCCAUUUCACAAUAUUUUCCUUGUUUGUUGGAUGCUCUGCUGUUUCAUGUAAACCUUGCCCUCUUUUCCCCUUUGUUUCUAUUACUUUGAUUGUUGGUAAGAUCAAUAAAGCAAGCAGUCGAUUUACAGAUUUCAAGGUACUUCUUUGUUCUAUGUUGGUUUUGCGCUCUUAACUGACCGGAUCUGGGUCGUGGAACUGGCCAGUUGAACCCUGUUUGACCGUGACCAGCCAUCCUGCAGUUU